AUGUAUCCUGUGAUACCCCAGCGAUAUCGACGUUACGGAGGCUACCCUUCACUAUACGAACCUCCCUCAACAUUCGAUAGCUCCAGAUUUGGCUAUUCUAGUGAGAUGUCUAGUGGCCUCAGUUUCUUGAACAGCGGUUUGAACAUGCCGAACAUCGAUAUAGCGACCAAUAUCGAGCAAGCUACACGGCGACAUUUUGGGGAAGCGAAGACGAAGAUGGAAGAGUGUGAGAAGAAGAUGAAGGAUGCUGAGCGUUUGCUUUAUUUUGCCAAGUACCAAGUACCAGGUUGGUGA